AAAAGAUCUGCAUAAAUACGUGUCUGUUCAAGAACAACAGCUCAACUCUCAUCCUCAGUCUACUCCCAGUGAACAAAAAUAUGGCCCAGGACAGGAAACAUGUUGUGGAAUUUCUUGACAGGAUGUUGAUGGAUGGUUCCAAGUUAUCCUCAGAAGAGAAACUUUGUUCUUACAAAGGAGUUUUGUAUCCUAUUACUAUUUGCCGUCCAGAAACUUUACAAGCUCUUGAAACCUUUGAAGCCAGGAGAGAUGAUGUGAUCAUGACAGGAUAUCCUAAAUGUGGUAGUCACUGGCUUGAAGGAAUCUUAAAUAACUUAUCCAUCACAUCUGCAAAAUAUACAGAAGAGGAAAUGAAAAAGAGAACUGAUCUUGAGAAGGAACUGAAAAUUACUCCACGUCUUGAAUUUGGAGAUCCAGACAAAUUCAAGAGGAUGGAAAAACUACCUUCAAGAAGAAUUAUAAUCACUCACCUCACUCCCGAUAUAUUGCCUAAAUCUGUCUUCAGAAACAAAGCCAAGGUACUGGUGCUGAUUAGAAACCCAAAGGACACACUGGUAUCCUUUUUUCAUUUUAACAACAAGAUGCCCAUCUUUCCUAAACGAACAUGGGAUGCUUAUUUCACAGAUUUUAUGAAUGGGAAAGUGAGUUGGGGAUCCUACUUUGAUUUUGUGAAAGAAUGGGACAAGUAUAUUGACAAUGAAAAUGUCACAGCCGUAAAUUAUGAAGACCUAAAGGAGAAUCCAAAUUUAGAAGUGAAAAGAAUAGCCAAAUUCCUUGGGUUUUCCCUGACUGAAGAAGAGAUUCAAAGUGUUGUAGAAAAGAGCAGGUUCAAAACUAUGAAAGAGAGUGGACAAGAAACCCUUGGAGCGUUUGGAGAUAUUCUUUUCCGCAAAGGAUCUGUUGGUGACUGGAAAACCUUGUUCUCAGAAUCCCAGAACAAAGAAAUGGAUCGAAAAUUUGAAGAAUAUUUAGCUGGCACUAAAUUAGGAGCACAGAUAAAGUAUGAUAUAUACUGCAAGAUCUGAGGAGGCAGCCUCCACCUCCCUCACAUUGAAAACUGGUUUGUCUGCUGAAUUGCCUCUUGAGUUGUGCUUUGUAUUCCUCCUUUGUGUACCUUCAAGUUGAGUUCAUUGAUACUGUUUUCUGAGUCAUUCUAUCUUGACACACAAUUGCAUAUGCUUAUAAGGAAGGUAAAAUAGUGCUAUUUCUUUUUUUCCUUUUUUCUCUUUUUUUGAAAAGUUUAUUGAAGAUUCAUAUAAAAAACAAAACAAACAAUAAAAUAUUAACACAAUAGAACAAAAACAUUAGACGAUAGACAUUUAUAUACAUUCCAUAUAGGAGUAAACAACAAAUCUAAAAGUUACUACUUCCAAAAAUCAUAAGUUUUUUCUAUAUUUACUAUGUCUUAUACUCCACAUAAACAAUAGUGUAUAUUACUUUUUCUGCAAUUCUCACCCUUAUUAAUCUCAUUCUUUACAGUAGGAAGGAAAAUUAUUCAACUAGGAUCAAGAAUUUCUGAAAUUCAUCUCUAGACAUCCCAAAAUCAGAAAAAAAGAGAAAAUUUUCUUUCAAAUUUUAUAAUUUCUGGUUAACUAAGAAAGUAGAAAUAAGAAAAAGGCAUAUAUUAAAUAAUGGCUUAUUUUCAGGUACAAACAGAGUUAGAAUAUAUUACUGAGUUUAACUAUACUAACAGAAUAUGUAACCUAUUUUCUUCAAUUUGUCAAUCACUUCAUCGAGCAUCAGCUCAGAAAUCAGCCUUUAAGUUUCGAAUCCAGAGCAUUUUCCAUAGCUUCUCCAGUCUUCAGAGAAUUUCUCUAAAAAAAAUAAAUUUAAUCAGAUGUGUCAAUUUAUCAUUAGUGGUCAAAUCAUAAAGUUUCCACAUCCAGUCAAGAGGGGACAGAGUGUCUUCCCCUUUCCAUUGCCUUGCAUAGACCAUUCUGCCUCCCGCUAACAUGUAAAAUAAGACUCUGCCAUGUUUCUGAUUUCAUAGAUGACACUUUAUGCCAAAUAUGUUACCAUAUAUCAUCAGAGAUGGUUCUAAUUUAUGCUGGUGAGGCUGCUGCAACUUCAUGACAUAUUUACAUAUGUGGUACCUGUUUCCUGUGUGUUAUGUUCACUUAGUUGAAGGUCCAGAAGGAAAUCAGAGAAAAUAUGAGUUGACAGGUCAUGCCAAACUUUUCCUUAUCUUUCCUAAAUAUCUCCUCAGAAGCAAGAUCUAACAUCUUAAACCAUGAACAAAUAACUUUCUUUCUUCUUUCAGUGAGAAAGAGAUUGCUAAAAUAGGGUCGGACAAGUACUGGGGGGGGGAUUUUCUUUUACCAUAUCAUCCAUUUUAGAGAGAGAGAGAGAAAGAGAGAGAGAGAGAGAGAACAGAGAGAGAGAAGGGUUUGUGGGGUGGGGGUUGUGUGUGGUCUUAAAACAAUUCUCAGACUAAAUUAUGCUUGAUCAGUCAUAUUGUAAUUACAACAUAGCUUGGCACAAUUUAGUGCAAAAAGAAAUGUUCCAGUUUGCAAGUUGUCUGGAGAACGAAAGUUGGCAAGAGACGAACAGACUGACAAAGGGAAAAAAGUGGCUUUGUGGCAUGAAAAGCAGCAUGUAUACAGGUUGGUAUAAAUGUGUUGUAACUAUCUGUGUCCGUUAUUGGAGCUGUAGAUAGAGGAGGGGAAAUUUCCUGCUCACUAGCUGCUCCUUUCUAAUAAUUUUGUGUUUUGGGGGGGAGGGAGAUUGGAAAUUGACCUCCCAAGGAUUCUUUGUUAUAAAACAAGCCACCCACACAGAAUAUUUUUGGCAAAUGUUUCAAAAAUCUGAACAUAUUAAGACAGAUGCUUUUUAUUUCACAUUUGAUGCUAUCCAAGGCUUUAGCUUGCAAAAUGGUUGCAGGAUACAUCUAAUUUAUUCAACAUAGAUUUCAUUUCUUUUCUUUAAGUUGUUCAGCCCAUGAACAGAUUUUAAGCUGUAUCAGCAAGACUAUAUGCCUCACUUGAAUACAUGAACAAAUAUAGAUUCCUAAACCUUCAAAUGCCUUAGAGCCAAUUUAUGUGUGGGAAAAAGAAUGGGAAUUUCUUAGGCUAGGUAUUAGAGGGGAGAAUAGACACAUUCAACUUGCAAACUUCACAUGUAAGUUCACAAGCCUGUCUGCAAUAAUGGAAGCAUGCCAGUGGAGGCUUCCAUUGGAACAUAGUUCACCUUUUAAUAUGUUUUGUGUUCCACCGGUAGCUUUCAGUGUUAGAAUUUUAUCCUGUCCACUUUUGAACACAACAAACAAGGCCUUGUCCUGAUCUCAGGUGAUCUAAGAACUAAGCUAAGAUUGUUCUGGAAUUUACAAAAAUCCUUUUCCGAUACUGCUGUUCUUUGCCAUCAAAUCUGCAUCACAUUAUGGUGACCCAGAACAUUAUAACAUGAGGCUAAAAAGCAGAAUUUUUACAGGAUAAGAGGGUCUUUGGCCAGCACUUACCACAUCCUGCUGCUGCCUUACAGCACCUUUUCAUUGAUGGGCAAAACCAGUCAAUAGCACUAAAUGUUGCUAUUAUGGUGCAGCUGCACAGGUGUGAAAAGGCUCUUCAUUUCAAUUCCAAUAUUACAGCAGUCACUUGGAAGGAUGGGACCUGAGUCUUCUCCUCUCUUCCCUCCUCCUCUCUAUUCCAAAGUUGGCUAAAUCCAUGCCUGUUGAGUUUUUAAAUUUUUUAUCUUUGCUGUGUUUGUGUAUAUACAGAAAAAUGAUAAAAAAGUAAUUUUAAUUGUUUUUGCCCUAAUUACAUAAACACUGCAAAAUAAAAAUAAAUAAACCAACAGGCUAAUCUGCUUUGGAAUAGUAAGUAGGAGGGAGGGAGAAGGGGGAAAUCAGGUCCCCCAUGGCACUUACUGCUAUAAUGGUAGAACUGCAGUGGUGUUGGUGAUUUCAAAGUAGUGCAGUCAUGCAAAGAAAGCGAGGUGUGAUAAGAAAAGUUUUCAAAGUGGUAUGUUCCUAUUUCCUUUCAUAAUGCAAUUGCCACAAGACAGGAAGAUGGUUUAAUAAUGUCUCAGUCAAUGGAGACAUCUCAAAGAUCCUGUUGUUAACAGCCAUAUUCAGGUCUUGCCAACUCACCACCAUGGCUUCUUAGGCUCAGGCAAUUCACCUGGAAUGUAGUUCUCUUGUUUUCUUACUACGUCCCACUUUAGACAGCAAUAUCAUCUAUUCCAAUGAGUCAUGUCAUCUCAUGCUGAGUCCCAAGUGUGAAAACUUCAGACCACUACAAUCCUCUAGUCAGUAGAACCAUUCUGGCUGGGGAAUUCAGCUAUAGCUCCCAACUGAUAUGAUCAUUUGCCAUGGUGGCUGGAGAAUUCUGGAAACUGAAAUCCAUAAAAGUAACUUUUCUGAGCACUGCAUUAUUGCAUGUGCUAUGUGUCACAAUACCACAAGCUGGUAAAAAAAAAUCACUGAAAGGAUGUUUGCACGAUAGGAACUAAAACAUGAUUCAUUCUUUCCUCACUAGCCAGGACCCAUCCAUGCCAAUGUUUUGCUUGAGGUGCAGGAUAAAUGAUUAUGGGCAGGUGAAUCAUACUUUAUUAGUAGCAAUUGGUCAGCAUCUUUCACUGCCUGGGAGCAGCAGCUUACCUUACAGGAUGCAGCGUAAGCCACUUGAUAUACAUAAAGCUCUCUUUCUCCCAACAUCUCACUGACACUUCCCAUGAAUGGCAGGGUUCGCCCUAUAACCCACUUUUUCUUGCUGUCUUCUUUUUAUACAGUCUUUCCCCCCCUCAGAAUGAUUCUUAACCUCAGUUUACCCAACAGCUCAGAAAAAUGAUUCUAUUGGGAUAUAUGUCUUAGAAUGGUUUAUGAUUAGGGAUUCUGGAAUUAGUAGCAGUGGUCCGAAAAAGUAAAAAAGGCACCAGUGCUAGCUACUAACAACAAAAUUCUUAAAAGGAGUCACAAUAAUACUAAUGGCACCCCUCCAUAUCCACAAAUUCUACAUCAAUGAAUCCAACCAUCCAUGGCUUGGAUUUUUAAUAAAUAAAUAAAUACAUACAUACAUACAUACAAAGCAGAUCUCAAUUUUGCCACUUUAUAUAAGGGACAUCAUUUUACUACCCAUUGUAUAUAACGGGAAUUGAGCCUCCAUAGAUUUUGGUAUCCAUGAGGGGUCCAAGGACCAAACCCCAGUGAAUACAAAGAGUCCAGAUUAUGUUUGUCUUUUAAAAGUGUUACUUGAGGGAAUGCCUCUCCCUACACAAUCUGCCCCGCACUAUCAGAACAUCCGGGAAGAAUUUGCUUGACUACCCAAAAGCAAGACUAACAACAACUUCCCACAAGACAUUUAUGGUCGCAGCCCCCAAAUUAUGCAACAAUCUACCAGAAGAGAUUCAUCUUAUUACCACCCUGGAAGCUUUCAAGAGGGCACUUAAGACGGAUCUCUUCCGACGGGCCUACCCACCUGACCUAUUAUGAUGACCCUGAAAGAACCCCACCUGACUAUGAUAAGACAGAAAAUAGAUGACAAGCUAGCUUUUAGCAAUAGUAGUGAUAUUGUGAUAUUGUGAUUUUAUUGAAUAUGUUGUAAUGUGUAUGUUUUUUAUGCUGUGAUCCCACCUCGAUCUGCAGGGAAAAUAUAAAUAAAUUUUAUUUUUAUUAUUAUUA